UCAUUCUCUGUCUUUCAGCAGAUAACGCUAAUAUUCUUUCACAGGAUCGAUAGACACAGAGGGAAGGGAGGGAGGGAGAGAGAGAGAGAGAGAAUACAGAGGCAGAUAUGAGGAGUCAAUCAAACGGCAGCUCUGAAUAUUCUGUUGAGAUUCCAACAAUCAAAUUCACAAAGCUUUUCGUCAAUGGAAAAUUCGUUGAUUCAACUUCAGGAAAAACUUUCGAGACCAUAGAUCCAAGAAACGGAGAGGUGAUAGCAAAGAUUGCAGAAGGAGACAAAGAAGAUGUUGACUUGGCCGUGAAAGCUGCCCGUGAAGCAUUCGAUCAUGGUCCUUGGCCUCGCUUGCCCGGCUCUGAAAGGGGAAGGAUUUUAAUGAAGUUCGCAGAAUUAAUUGACGAAAAUGUUGAAGAAUUAGCCAUUUUGGAUAGCAUCGAUGCUGGCAAGUUGUUUAGCACAGGCAAGAUCAUAGACAUACCUCAGGCAGCUAACACUGUUCGAUACUAUGCUGGCGCGGCUGAUAAAAUUCAUGGGGAGGUUCUGAAAAUGUCACGUGAAUUUCAUGGCUACACAUUGCGCGAACCCAUUGGAGUUGUAGGACACAUUAUUCCCUGGAAUUUCCCUAGUACCAUGUUUGUUGCAAAGGUUAGCCCAGCUUUAGCUGCUGGCUGCACCAUGAUCGUCAAACCAGCCGAGCAAACACCACUUUCAGCUCUCUUUUAUGCCCAUCUGGCUAAGCUGGCUGGUAUUCCUGAUGGAGUACUCAAUGUCAUAACUGGAUUUGGACCGACUGCAGGCGGUGCUAUUAGCUCUCAUAUGGACAUUGACAUGGUGAGUUUUACUGGCUCCACAGAUGUAGGACGUGAGAUUAUGCAGGCAGCGGCAAAAAGCAACUUGAAAACAGUUUCGCUAGAAUUAGGAGGCAAAUCACCCCUUGUAAUUUUUGAUGAUGCUGAUGUAGAAAUGGCUUCAAGCCUUGCUCUUAUCGGUAUCCUAUAUAACAAGGGAGAAAUUUGUGUAUCUAGUUCUCGGGUUUUAGUUCAAGAAGGGAUCUAUGAUGAAUUCACAAAGAAAUUAAAGGAGAAGAUGGAAGCUUGGGCAGUUGGGGACCCUUUUGAUCCUAAAGUUCAACAAGGACCUCAGGUUGAUAAGAGGCAGUUUGAGAAAAUCCAGAGCUACAUUGAGCAUGGCAAGAGAGAAGGAGCCACUUUAUUAACUGGUGGAAAACCUUUGGGGAACAAGGGUUAUUACAUUCAGCCAACAGUAUUCGCAGAUGUUAAGGAUGACAUGCUAAUUGCCCAGGACGAAAUAUUUGGCCCUGUUAUGGCGCUCAUGAAGUUCAAGACUAUUGAGGAGGCGAUACAGAGAGCAAACAAUACAAGAUAUGGGCUAGCAGCAGGAAUCAUAACAAAGGACUUGAAUGUGGCAAACACUGUUUCGAGGUCAAUACGUGCGGGCAUCAUAUGGAUCAACUGCUACUUUGCUUUCGACCGAGACUGCCCUUAUGGAGGAUAUAAGCAGAGUGGGUUUGGCAGAGACUUUGGCAUGGAUGCCCUUUACAAGUAUCUCCAAGUCAAAUCCAUCGCCACCCCACUUUACAACUCCCCUUGGCUCUAAAUCAAAACGCUUGCCAAUAUAUACGGAAUAGAAUAAAAAUUGGUUGCAUCCUUCUUUUUUAUUUUUAUAUUUUGGGCUUUUGUUUCUCUGAAAUUCUUGACUGUAUUUUAUCUUUUGUCUUCUUGUUGAUGCAUCCAUAACAAAUGAAGUUCGCAAGGAUCCGUACAAAUGAACUUCACAGGUCGUUUGGUUCACUUUUGCAUUGUGUAUAUGAGAGCUGAAUUUGUAUGGUAUGAAGUCUUCAAAAGAUAAAAUUCGGCUUUAUUGACA